AUGUUCUCCCCCGGUACGAGUCCUCUAUUCCCUGUUGUUGGCGAUCCACCAGCGUUGGACCGGCCUCAUCUCUUCGAUGACGAGCUGUUCGAACUUCGCUACUCAGCUGAUGGUUGUCGCUACUACGCCUUCCCUGCUUUGCCCUAUCUCCCCAAAGUUGAGCCCCCGCCGACCCCAAAGGUCGAAAAGUCCCAAUGGGAGAUCGAGGAAAGCGAACGCGUAGAGGCAAUUUUCGCUAAGUACGUGGAGGCUUAUAGGAAACAAAAGGAAGCUGAGAAUGCUGCUGAAGCGGAGCAGAAAGAAGAAGAAGAACAGGAAGAAGAAGAGCCGGUUCGCCCACCGCAGCUGGUGGUCCACAGCAAUUUCGCAGGAAAUAGCAACGAUAGCAGUGAAUCUUGCCACAAUGGAGCAAUCGUGCUUGCGGCGGCGUCAGUACCAGGACCUCCACCCGAGAUGGAAUGCGACUCGGAUUUCGCCAUUGGGCGAAACAUACCGUCCCCGAGCAAUCGUUAUGUGGAAUAUGAAGUCCUGGAUAAACUCGGCGAAGGGUCAUUCGGCAAUGUCUACUUAUGUGCGAUGAAGAGUCUACUCGGGGGGCACGCUCCUAGGCGAGUUGCCAUGAAAGUAAUUAAGAAUAAUAGCAGGUAUGCAAAGAAGCAUUUACAGCAUGCUGUGUUCGAGGCCCGUGUGCUGACUAUACUCGGCAAAUGCUUUAAUUUACCAAAGCCUGUCUUCUACCCUGAAGGUGAGGAGGUCCGAUCAGCAUUCUGGCCGGACCAGCAGUUUGAGACUCCAUUUUUGGAGUACUACGACAGUUUUGUUUUCAAGGGCCGCCCUUGUAUAAUCUCUGAACUCGCUGAUACGACUCUUCUAGAGUAA